AUGAUUGUGGUGGUAGUGACCCUCAGUCAAGCUACACAACACGAUCGCAACUAUCGUCUACCAUCCUCUUUGAUUUUACUCGACUCAGUCAGUCCAACGGCGAUUGACUCAAAAGCUCGACAAGCUAUAUUAAAAACAUCAAAGACACAUUCCGAUGAAGCAACUCCAUCAUGUAUGCGUCGUCUACCCAAUGUAUCAUCUGGUUAUACAUUCUCUACUAUUCAACGUGCAUUACAAUUUCAAUACUUUAAAGAAAAACUGGAUGUGAAACCGAAACAGGAUGAGUCUAUUGAUCUAUUCAACACAACAAUCAUCGCUGUCUGGAAGUAUCGACAUUUAAUGUAUCCAGACGAAAACAGCGGAGACUUCACGUUUAAAGUCCGAUGA